AUGUUUGAAUUUGAUACGCUAGCAAUUACUCAUAUAGGAGGUGGAGCCACCUUUCUUCCAGUUAUAGAUAACAAACCUCCUUUCGGGCAUGUUUCUAGAUUUCAGCCGGCUCUUCCCAAUAGUGGAGGCAUACCUAUGCUUGGGUCAACCUCUUCUGAGGCCAAAAUCGAUGGGAUAUUGGCUCCUUUCAUUGGAAACGGUGAUACAGAAUUUGUUGUUGAGUUUGCUGAUCAUGUUGAUGGUCGUAGAAUUGGCAAGUUGUUAGUUUCCAACAAAGAAAUUGCUAAGGGCAGUAAUGGUACGGUUGUGCUUGAGGGAAUUUAUGAUGGGCGUCAUGUGGCUGUGAAGCGCCUGGUGCAAACCCAUCAUGAUGUGACUUUGAAGGAGAUUCAGAACCUUAUUGCCUCGGAUCAACAUCCAAAUAUUGUUAGAUGGUAUGGGGUGGAGUAUGAUCAAGACUCUGUUUAUAUUGCAUUGGAACGCUGCACUUUCAGCUUGAAUGACUUCAUUUAUGUUAACUCUAAAUCUUUCCAAACUCAAAUACCAUCCAAGGAUAUAGCUUCCAACCACUUGCCUGAGUAUAUGGUUCGACUACAUUCAAUGCGAGAACAUAACAGGAAUGUUGAAUCGUGGAAGGCCAAUGGCUAUCCUUCGGCACAAUUGUUAAAAUUAAUGAGAGAUGUGAUUUCUGGGCUUGCCCAUUUGCAUGAACUUGGAAUUAUACUUAGGGACUUAAAACCUCAGAAUGUUUUGAUUAUGAGUGCGAAAUCUUUCUGUGCAAAGCUUUCAGAUAUGGGCAUUAGCAAGUGCCUUAGUUGGGACAUGUCUUCCUUGACCCCACAUCCAACUGGUAAGCAUGUCAUUUUUUUAUUUAUUUUGUCAAUCCAAUUUGCGAAUAAUGAUCACACUUGCCUUCGUUGGGACACGUCUUCCAUGACCCAACAUCCAACUGGUUAUGGGAGCUCAGGCUGGCAAGCACCUGAGCAACUACUCCGUGGAUGCCAAACAGGUGCACUAGGUGUGUUUAGUUUAGGCUGUGUUCUAUUUUUCUGGACCACAGGGGGUAAGCACCAUUUUGGUGGUAAUAUUGAACGUGACGUAAAUAUUGUCAAUGACCGGAAGGACCCAUUCUUAGUAGAGAAUAUACCAGAAGCAGAUCUUUUCUCUUGUCUCUAGGAUCCUGACCCAGAGAAGAGGCCAAAAGCCCAGGAGGACUUGAACCAUCUCCUGUUUUGGACUUCUGAGAGAAGGCUCUCAUUUGCCCAGGAUGUUAGUGUUCGAGUGGAACUGGAAUAUAGGGAGACUGAAUCAGAACUCUUAAAUGCAUUAGAAAGUACCGCAACACUGGCACUGAGUGGAAAAUGGGAUGAAAAGAUGGAACUCUUAAAUGCAUUAGAAGGCUCUCAUCUGUAGGGUACUCCCUCGAGAGAUCAAAGAACUAUUAGGGUCACAUCCAGAAGGAUUUGAGAGUUGUUUUUCACGUCGAUUUCCAAAACUCUUGAUUGAAGUUUACAAAGUGAUCUAAAGGUAUUGCAAAGAGCAUGAAUUUAUUUGUACACAGACAGCAAUAUAAUCUAGCAAACCACUGUCAUUCUCCAUACCUAUCAUGGUUCCUCUGGACAGAAUAUUUAUAGGUUUUGUACAUAGAAACUGUAUCAUAUCACUUCUUGUAAACGUCAAUUGUAACCCACCCAAUGCUAACAUCUUUUAGCUACGUUUCUUUUACCACCGAGGUACAGCUGGCUCCAGUUAAAGGAAAUGUUGCAUUUCACCUUACUUGGGAGAUUUUUUUUAGUUAGAUAUUGCCUA